UUCCUCUCCUCACUUCCUCCUCACUGUCCACAGUUCUCACCCACCAGGCCGGGCGGGCAACCCAAUCUGCCAACCAUCACGUCGCGUGCCGUGCGUUCUCCCCCGCAUCCGCCCCUGCGUUGGCUGCUUCCGGCCCCUCCGGACCCCGAGUUCAAAAAUUCCUCCAUUGGCGCCCAAACACCAAACCCUAGCCUCGCCCCGGCCCGCCGCCCCCUCCGGCCGGCCGGGCUCGCCAGUCACCGUCGCACGCGGCGGGGGGUCCGCAGGCGGAACAUGCGGUGUCCCGAGCCAUGGCGACCGGGCCCGAUCUGAGCUCCUCCUCCUCCGGCGCCGCCGCGGCCGCGGCCGUACCUGACGCUGCCGCCGCCGCCAGGAAGGACCGCCACAUCGUCAGUUGGAGCGCCGAGGAGGAUGGCGUGCUUCGUGCUCAAAUCGCACUUCAUGGCACUGAUAACUGGACCAUUAUAGCCGCACAAUUCAAGGACAAGACGGCCAGACAGUGCAGGAGAAGAUGGUACAAUUAUUUGAACUCAGAGUGCAAGAAAGGUGGGUGGUCCAGGGAAGAGGAUAUGCUUUUGUGUGAGGCUCAAAAAGUUCUUGGAAACAAGUGGACUGAAAUUGCAAAAGUUGUCUCUGGAAGAACUGACAAUGCAGUGAAGAAUCGCUUUUCUACUCUGUGCAAAAGGAGGGCCAAGGAUGAGGAGCUAUACCAAGAAAAUGGUGUGCCAUGUUCCAACACAAAUGCAAAGAGGGUUCUCACAGAAACAGGAUGCCUGACACCAGGCGGAGCUGCCUCCUUGCUACAUAUUAAGCAGAUGAGGUCUUCCAGUUCUGAUUUAAAGGAGAACCUGGUACCAAAUAUGAGAUUAUUUGAACAAGAAAAGAGCACACAAGAUGCCAGGCAACCUCUUGCUACCAUUUCUUCGAACAACCAAGAUAACGUGAAUACAGUUAAAUCCCAAAAUUGUGUCAAGCGGGAGGGUAAUUUUCUGAACAAGGAUGACCCAAAAGUUGCUACUUUAUUGCAGCAAGCUGAUUUGCUUUGCUCCCUUGCAACAAAAAUAAAAAGUGACAAUACAAGUCAAAGCAUGGAUGAAGCAUGGCAGCAACUGCAAGAUCAUUUAAUGAAAAAAGAGCACAAUGAAGUGCCAGAAAAUAGUGGGUCUGAAAUAGGUUCACUCCUAGAGGAGCUUGAUGAUUUAAUUGUAGACCCCUAUGAGAGUAAAGAUGAAGAUGGACAAAAGUUAAGCGAGCACAUUGGACAAACUGAUGUGGACAAUGAUCACUGUAACGGUUCUUCACAAACUAGCAUAGAAGUAACAUCAAAUAUGGUCCCAGAGGAAAUGAUGAAAGAUUGCCCAGUAGAUAACUGCAAAGAGGAUAAUAGUCUUUGUAGAAAUGUGCUUUCUGGAAGUACAGAACCUUGCCCAGGUGCAAUACCAGCAUGUGGAAAUUCGAGCAAGGACCAGGUUGCUGAAGAUAGCAAUAGCAUGCUUCAACGUGUAGAAUCUACAUCUCCUGUUAUAACAGAUAUUGAUGAUUUAAUCAUAGACCCGUAUGAGAGUGAAGAGGAAGAUGAAGAAAAUUCAGGGGAGCAGAAUCGACAGAUUAAUGUUCAUGAUGAGCAGUGUUUUGGUUCUUCGCAAACUGUCAUGGAAGUGAUAUCAGACAUGGCCCCUGAUGAAGUGAUGAAAACUUGUCCAGCAGGUAACUGCGAAGAACAUAAUAGCAUUUGCCAAAAUGUGCUUUCUGGAAGUAUGGAACCUUGCCCAGGUGCAGAAAUACUAGCAUCUGAAAAAUUGAGUGAGCUUGAUGAAGAUAGUAGACUUCAAUGUAUGGAGUUUGCUUCUCCUGUUUUGACAAAUUUUGAGAGUAAAGACUGUGGAGAAACACCAGCACCACAAAAUCUUAAUGAGAUUGCUGAAGAUAGCAGGCUCCAAUGUAUUGAAUUCACCUCCCCAGCUCACACAGUUCUCCGAGAUAAAGCAGGUGUAGAAAACUUUGCAUCCCCAAGUUUUGCUGUGGUUGCAAAAGAUAGUAAGCCUCCAUCUUCGGAAUUCACGUCCCCUGCUCACACAGUUGCAACAUUCCAACCGUAUGCAGACGACAUGCCUACCCCCAAAUUCACUGCUAGUGAGAGGAAUUUUCUGCUGUCUGUGAUAGAGCUGACCUCACCAGGGUCAAGGCCUGAAACUUCUCAGCAUCCAUCUUGCAAAAGGGCUCUUCUUAAUAGCCUUUGAAAUGUGUUUGCAUAAAAUCCCAAGACCAAGCCUGCUAUGCCCCUCAGCAUAAUUUGGCUACUCCUAUAUGCAUGAAGUGUGCCCACCCGCAAGGGUUUCAUAGUUUGUUUUGUUUUGUUUGUUGUGUAUAUAACGAUGCAUUGGUGUGGUUGUAUUAGCAUACAGGAAUGAAAGGGUGGUGGUGUAAGUGUUUACAGCUUGUAUUCAAAAUAUAGAAUAAGUAAUAUUCUUUGUGUAAUUAACUCUUGUAAUUCUUCUCUCGGGUGCGAGCUAUCAGAUUACUGUGUAGUGUGAUGUAAUGGCUUUCCUUUGUUGAGCUUUUGAGAUGGAAGAACCGACAUACAGGGUAUGGCUGUAUGCUUUAUAUGGUUGGAAACAUGAAAUUCUGUUGAUA